AUGGCUUGCGAGGAGGGAGCCAGCGCCCUCAAAGUAUACUGGGAUCAUUUCUUCAAAGCAGAGACCGGAACUUAUGAGAAAUCGACAUGGCUCGACCUAUUUUUAGCCGAGUUUAUCGUUCGUCUCAAUGAAGGAUGCAAUCCAAAGGAUCUAAUCAAGUUUUGUCCAGUAAGUGGUGUAGUUUCUCUGGUGGGGUGCGAGCUACUCUGUGGUAUCCACCGUGUGACGUCUUCUAUCAACACCCACUACUCAGUUCCUCUAACAACAUCACUAGAUGUCGCGCUAUCGUCUGAACAACCUUACACCAAUGAUGUAGCAGACACCACCAGUACUGACGAGUCAAACAAGGAAGUGGCGCUGAAAUCGGCAAGUCUGUUCACCCGCACCAACACUCUUACGUCCGCUGAAAUUUUACGUCAGUACUUGCUGGGAGGACUUGCUUGGCGCUGUCUGCUUCUGCUUAAAGCUUUAGGAGUAGAGGGCUUGUCGUGUUGUCGUCAACUGAGCUCCGUAUUAAUCUGGCUGUUCGGUGAGCUAAGUGCUGCUGGUCGUGUACCCAGGAAUAACCAAGAUGUUAAACGGGAAUCCCGAAUCGCUAUACAUCAACUUUUUUCUAAUAGAAUAUGGUCGAAGCAGAAGCCAAGCCCGGGACAACCUUCAUCUGCGGCAUCGGCGAAAGGCUCGAUAUCGGCGAGGUCAAGGUGCAGCGGUCUGAUGAGAUUAGAUUCCGAUUCUAGAUCGAUAGCCAACUCGAAAAAGUCCGCGAAGGGUUCUGAACUGUCGUCUGAUUCAGCGGAUACGAACGAUGAUCUACAAGCGCUUAACCGAUCGUUGACAAUAAAGGUCUGCGCUCCGCAAGACGACUUCCAUUAUUCUGUACGCUCUUCCAGUGAUUUUGCAAAUGAAACACAUCAUUCCGAUUCAUAUUACUCACACCGCAAAGCAAAACCGAAAGCCGACGAUUAUAUGAGAGACAAACAUAAGGAAAUCAUUAAUUCCGAAAUCAGCACAUUCGAAUUCACCCUAAUCAUAAUAGAUUUGCUACAAGAAUUGUGUAAGGCCGAGAGCAGCUUGACUGGGUCGGAAGGUUCGCAAAUAUCAAUGCAGUGUAUCAAUUUUUCGUUGAAAAACCUCUGCUCGUUACAAUUCGGUUCUUUGUCAGCGCAAUCUAACGCAUACGAUCCUCUCGAAUUGUCAAGUAUCAAAGUCGCUUUAACAGAGCUCCUUAUUGUUUCCUUGGACCAGGUUCUGGUUCAUUCGGAUCUGUGUGCAAAAUUAAUUCAUAUAGGGAUACUCCCUAUGCUGUUACGUAUUCUUGAAGAUGUCGUGUGUAAAUCCUGUGCCAAAUAUAAUACUAAAGCCGAAAGACGUGCCAAAGAUGUUGACAAAACUUACAUAGAAGAAGAUAAUCUAUUAAAAUUUAUAUUUGGAAUUGCUUAUUCUAUUACCGCCUUUUUCUACUGCUUGCUGAUGCAGUGUCGGUCUGUGGAGAAGCUGAGAGAGUUCACGGAUCAGUUUAGGUUGUUCGGAGAAUGUUUUAAAGGUGGUCUGCUAAAAGAAUGUAUAGAAUUGAUGAUUAGAAUACCUGGAGUGGAUAGCAACGAAACCGUAAUAUUGAUUAAGAAACUUAUAGAGUCUAUAGGAAAGUUAGUGAGUGGCAUGAAAAGGGUUAGGAGCGAGGUAAUACAUUCAGCGGCGUGUCCCCGCACACGUCAUAAACCUUGCCGAGUGAGAGUCACCGCUGGAAUGCAUCACCAUCAUGAUAUACUUGGUGAAGCUGGUACAGGUCUGCCCCUACCGUCCGCCUGUUGCGUCUCCGUACUUUACGCAACCCUAACUUCCCUCCUCCCCGACGAGGAAAUAUCCGCUUAUAAAGUUCUUAGAAAUAAAAUUUUACACGUCAUGCUUAAGUGCGGGGUAUGUUGUUGUUUUUCGCCGAGUUUCCUCAUGGAAAACAUCGUGAGGCUAAUGUUGACGCAUAAUAGUGUCGCAGCGUUGUGCCUUCGAUUACUCGAGCAUACGGUGUAUGGAGAUUUAGGUGCGAGCGUCCUAGUUCCAAAAGUCACGGAUCAAUUGCCGUGCUCUAUAUGUGAACAGAGUGACGAUAACAGGGACCUGGGUCGAAAGUACUGCGCACACGGCGUCAGUCCCAUGGAGAGAAAAAGUGUCUGGUCCUUCCUCAUCCAUUAUAACUCCCUGUUACAAUUGGACAACCAUAAUAGCGUUUUGCACGCGACCGUCAGCCAUCUCUUAAAAGUCACGCCAAAAUGCCGAAUGGAAAUGAAGUACGAGCUGUUGUUCAGUGUGAUCUAUCCGAACUUCAUUGUUUCCAAACACAGAUACACCAUACGCCUGGAAGAGUCCGCUUAUUUUAUAACAGUAUCGUCUCUGAACAUUUUUGCUAGCCUCUUAAAUACGGUUUCGUUCGCGGAGCAAUUUAUCCAAAAAGGAGGCUUAAGUUACGUGCUAGAAUUGAUAUCUCUUCCAGAGUUCUCAAGUCAGUGUUGCGCUAUUCUAGAAAUAGCGAUAAUAGUAGAGAUAUAUAAACUGAUGAAAGAGAAUGCAGAGUUGACAUAUUUUCGCGAAAUGAACACCCUAGCAUCAGUUCAAAUGCUGUUCAAGUCGUUGUCGGAAGUUACAGAUAAGUGCUAUGACGUGUUCAAAACGCGGACUCCUUUGGAAAAGUUUGAAGAAUUGUGCGACAUUAGUAAGGAGAAGGAAGCAUUGAUGUUAACUUGUCGGGAUACUAGAAAGACAUCCGCACCAAUCGCAAUAAAAUCAAUGUUCACAGAUGUUAAGGCUGAAGAAGUAGAUUUUACGGAAAUAUUAAAGAACGUGUGGACUUUCUGGAACUCGUGCGCCGGUUUGUGCUUGCACAGCCCGAUGUUCCGUGAGUUUACAGCUAGUGAACCGGUAUUCGCAGAGAGCUAUAUCCUGCUUAAAUUGCUGCUGUAUACGCUUUGCAACCAGCAGUAUGAACCUGCGGAGACGAGGCUGCUCAUCAAGAUCAUGGAGUCUGUACUCACUGUACAAUUUGCUGUCUCGGAUGCCACAUCUGGUCGGUCAAAGGAGACGAGCUGCUCUGUUGUUCGUAGUGCCUUAAGCGAGCACGCGAGCAUCUCGGGCGAGUGGCGAGAAGCAGCAAGCGGGCUGCAGGGGCUCUGCGACGCCCUUAUUGGUGUCGCUGUUGCUAGGCCAAGCGGACGUCAUCAACACAACUUUAUUCCCGCUAAGAUACCAUCUCUAUCCUAUGGUUCCAGCGGUAGUUCCGCAGAGUGUUCUUCGAGCGAGGAAAGUGUCUGUGCCCCCUACGUGGAGCCGAGUGAGCAGAGCGAAUCUUUUGAUAGAUCAGACGAAGGAUAUGAGGCAGAUGUAGAACUGAGCAUACCGGAGGUGACAAAUAUGUUUAAAACCAGAAAACUCUCCGAUUCUUCUAUAUUUAGCUAUGUAUCAGGAGAUAACUGUAUAGAGGCAAUCAGUAAGGAAUGUCCGGAAUAUAACAGAAAUGGGGAGUUAACACAUCCGGAGCUAUGUAUAAUAGUGGUGGAUAUACUCGCCCAGCUGAUUGAUAAAUUAUUAGAGGAAGAAGAUGGCAAGGAGAAGGAAGGGAAAGAGGUUCGGGGUGUGAUGGUGACGGGUGGUGAGGAAAUUGAACGUGUGUGCGCCAGCGUUGCACGUGCAUGCGUAGCACGGCUGGGCAGCGGACUGGCGCCCCCGCGGCUUCUGCACAGACUCCUCGCUCAGCAUGCACCGGCGGCUACCUUACUUGCUAAGAGCUCGCACACACAUGCAGAACUUCAACGGAGUAUAAUCGAGUUGAUAGUUAAACUCGGAUCUCAGAGCAUGGAAGCUUGUGAGUUAGCGAGUAUUUUCCGACUCGCUAGUGCUUCGAAUGCGCCCCUCAGCUCGCUGUGUCGGGCCCUAGCACGCCUAGUUGCACGUAACGAGCCCCAACCAGACUGUGAAGUACAGAUCACCGCUACAGUUCAUCAUACAGGCGAAGAGCCCGUAUACGAAGAAGUGGUCGGUGCCGUGAACCAGCAAGCGGAGACGAGCGCGCGACGUAUAAGAUAUAAACAUUUGCGAGCAGGAAUAAUUUCGCCGUGGAGCAAUGGAGCGGUGAGGUGCAGUCUCGAAACCGCUGGUUGGGCGCCUUGGCUACAAGGUUUUGGACUAGUUAUGUGGCUGGCACUCACUCCGCAAGAAGAGAAGAAGGAGUGGCACGAAGAAGGCGCUGCACACAAACGACAAGAGAGACUAAGCUCACAAGAACUUCAUGUGUUCUCUGUCGGGCAUGAUUCACUUGUUUUCGAGCUGUGGGUCAAUCCAAAUACAGGGGAGCUGACUGUGAAACUGUCGCGUCCUGAAAGCGAUGCCAACUGUAUACUAAGUUCCGCCACGACCCGUACUACGCUACGCCCAUCACGGUGGACCUGCCUCGCUCUCAACGUGGCCGAACGUCUACAUCGGAGGCUCAUAUACAUUCAAGUGACGCUGUAUAUAAAUGGUAGAGAGUGCGAAGUUUUAUCUCUUCCUUUGCAAGGUAUACUGGUCCGUAAAGUGACUCCGACGAACGUUAUUUUGGGUGACGUGACAAACGCUACCAGCUCAAAUCUAUCCCGUGGUGCAGUAAGAGUAUCCUCAUUACGGGUAUACCGAGCGCCCGUUCUUACAGCACCCAUAGCAUUGCAUCUUGCUGCCCAUGGACCGGAUCUGCCCUGUCAGAUACGUUGCGAUUCCGCAAAUUAUCCUGCUGUGAUCACUUCGGAGCUGUUAGAUAUGAACAUAGACUGGGAUCAGGUCUACGAAAUAUCAAGUACAACCCUACGAGAGCUUAGCGAUAAUUUGUUGUUGCUCUUUUCUGCAAAUACACCAGAUGUUAUGAACCUCUAUCAGCCACCGGCGCCGACACCUACAGUUUUCGGCGGCCGAAGUGUUGGUGGGCGAUCGCUGUGUAGUAACGGUGUGCCUGAAUCACUGAGAUGCUCAUGGGCAGUGGUGGAAGCAGGUGGCACUGCUGAAGAGCAAGCCCGCGCGCUCAGCGUAGCCCUCGGUGCGUGCAGCGGCGAUGCGCGACUGUACUCAGCGCUUCAUGCGCGUGAAACACUUGACAUGCUUUUGCCUGUGUUUGCCUGCUCGGAUUGUCGUCUCGCUCCAAAUACGAUAUCGGUUAUAUUCAAAGAAGCCUGCGACAGGUCUGUUAUAGACAUUAAUGGUGGAAAAUUCCGCGUAGACGUGGGCACUCGCGCUGUUUUGCUGGAGCCACGGUUGCUGCUGCUUCUACUGCGAGCUCUCCCGAUUACGUAUAAUUUUCAUUUUGCCUCCCGAUAUAUAUAUAUGCACCGACCUCAAAAAAUAGAGGUUCAAUGGGAAGAAGUGGACCUAAGUGUAAAGGAUGACGAGGGUGAAGAGAGGGAUAGGACAGCCAAAGGAGAGAUCUGCAGAGGAACAGUUUGGAGUCUCGCAUUAUCAGCGAUGAGAGCUUUGCUGCGGGCGGAGCAUCCACGCCGUGCUUUCAACGCGUACCAAGCAGCAAGAGUUCCGUUGCUUAGGCACCUUCUUCUAGCUUGUAAGGAACGAUUCCUGAAUUCAGAUUCGGAGCCUUUAUCAGAACACGGAAGCAAUACGCUCGUCCUCCUGGUCCGUGCUCUACUAGAUGCCCCCCCCGCUGCUGGCAAACAUUGCUUUGCUUGCAGAUUUUUUGCUCCUUAUGCACCAGGUAACCCCGCUAGUGAGACAUUCAUUACCCACUCACGAGCGAACUUCUACUUUCUCAUAACAUCUGAGACGCCAGACAGCACUGAGUUUAACCUCCUACAACUUUUGAGCAAGCGACGCGGUAAACAGCAACUGCGUAAGUGGCGAAGCAAAGAAAACGUAGACAAAUCCAGCUCUUCUAGCGUCUCAAAUGAGGAGAAGGGUUCGAGGGAAGAACUUGCUAGGGAUACAGACAGUGACCGAACAGAUAAUGCUAGUUUAGAUUCGAAACAGAUGAAAUCGAUCAUUAACACCAGGAUUAAGGAGGAUCGAAAAAGCAUUAAUUCUUCCACAUCGGAAUAUUCGGAUGCAGCAACUGCUGAGAUAGGCGGUGGCAGCGAAGUGGACAGCAAUGAAAGACCAGAAGGCGUAGAGACGGACCCGCUUAAUGAAUACGUGGUCAUAGACAAUGAGCAAGUUCCACAGACUAACGUAGACGUUUACGCGAACGGACUAUACCAAGAGCGACCCGUUCGCGCUGGCGCUGAACCUGGCUGGAGUGCGUGUACUGGGCUGCUGCUCUUACUCCGUGACACUGUCAUGCACUUGCCACAGGAUAUGUUGCCGCAGGCGAUAGGUGGCGCUAUUCAACCAGAGCAGAUAGUGGUGCUGGCGAACCAUCGCAGUGCUGGGGUUCGUGCCAGCGUAGUGCGAGUUGUUCGUGCUUUGCACGCCCGCGAUCCUCGUGCUCUCCAUGCUGCAAUGCACGCACACUUCUACCUCCAUCUUGCCAAUCAGAUCUCCAUGUAUGAAGGUUCAUGGGAAUUAGCAGAAGCAUGUGUUGCCCUUGUAACUGGUCACGAUCGACCUUUGGAAGAUCAGUUAGACGAGGACGUAUGGAGUGAUGUAGAAGCGUUGCAAAUAUGUGUUCGCGCUGCGCCGUUGCUGGCUGUACUGCCUACGUGCCUCGCUGAUGUACCGCUAGCACACAAUAUUAUUUCGGUGCUUCGAAGGGUUAUUGAUAAGUCAUCAGUGAAGUCCCUUCACGAAGUUGCACUGUGUGAAGUUGUAGUGCGGUGUAUUAGUAUGGUUGGGGGUGUUACAACCGUUGGAGAGGGGAAGGAGCUUUUAUUGGAUGAUUUGCAAGACCUGCUUACCAGAUUCGCUAUCAAGGUGCUAGCCGGAAACCAUAGUACACAGUUGAUAGUGGACAUGCAUCAUCUUCUGACAUACGUGGAACGUGGUGGCAGUCAUGUGGCGGAGCGCUCAGAUGAUAUUGAAGAGGGGGAGGUUGAAGAUGAGGAAACCGCGCGCGCUGCACGCGCAGCGCAAGUGGCGUUGUACAUCGCGCAACUUGACCACCUUGAGAGUAGGCUGCACCAAUUCCACGUCAGUGCCACAGAUAAAAUCGCCGGUUACUUUUCCAACGUGCUAUCAUCAGCAGUGGAGGGUCGAAGCGGAGCGAGGGGCGAGCGGGGUGAGGUAAUGUCGCGCCACAGCAGCACAGUGUCGCGGGCUGUCGCCUUCCUGCUUUCGCGUUCUCCUAGACAUAGUCUGCAGUACGAAGAACGGCUACUAUUUCGUCUGCUUGAUACGCUUCUUGCAGGUGUUAACGGCAACGGAGCGAGUCGCGGUCGCUGGCGUUGGGGUGGCGGUGCAGAGUGGACUGGGCUUUUGUGUGAAGUGUUCUGGUGGGCAGCGAGUCCAGCCCCAGGGGUCAGAUCGCUUCAGCCGCGUCUCCUGCGCGCUUUGUACUGUUCUCCACCUGCCGCUCGCGAUCUCCUAGCGCCCAAGGAUCCUUCACACAUGAGAAAGCUGUCAGUAUACCUUUUGACGAUGAUCCGUCACAUUCACCUCGCGGCGGAGGGCGUGGAGACCGGGGAAAGCCUGGAACUAGCCAUAACUGAUUGGGCGCGUGACUGGGCCGUGGGCUCACAAGCCGACCUGCCCGAACGGCCCCUGCCUGCAGAGGCCGAACGACUGCUUAAAAACGACGAACUCCGCUGGUCAAAGACCUACUAUCCACAAACGCAGGCGGCGCAAAUAGCUAAAGCUGUGUUUAGCCGAUCGGCUUUAGCGUUGCGGGUCUGCGAAACAGCUAUGGCGGCGACGCGACGCGUAGUGGAUGCGCAAAAUGGUGAACGGAAAGCGUUUCUCGAUCAUUUGCGCGACACGCACGCACGACUUGCGCGCGCUCAUACACGUUGGACACAGGCCAUUGAUACGCAUGCGCAUGAGAGAGGUGUCUGGCACCGUGCUCGCGGGUACCCGAUGUCCUGGCAGCUAGACAGCACGGAGGGUCCAGCACGCGUCCGUCUCCGUCUACGUCGAGCACACUUACGUUUGCCACCAGAUAAGUUACAGGCAGCGCAUAGGCAUAAAACUGAGAACGCAAACCACCAAGCGCCACUCCGCAGCGUUUUGGCAAGCGGAAGCGGAGCGGUCCGCGGUGCACGUCUACAGAGGGGAGAAGUCGUCUUACAUAUGUCACGUGUUCUUCACGUAAGCGUAGCGGCAGAAACCGGCGGAGAACUACUCAUCACUGACAGAGCUAUACACUUCGUACCAGACGCAUUACCUGAUAGCGUAGACGCGGUCUGCGGUGAGGGCGUGGCUUGGCCCGCACCUAGCGUAUACGCGGCGGCUACGCGUCGCUGGUGUUUACAGGAACGCGCUGUGGAAGUUUUCGUUCGUCCGUCCCGUGCACACCUUUUAGCAUUCGAGACCCCGGCUGAUCGCUCCGCCUUCCUCGCACAUUUAACACGCACACAUCCACACAUAAAAACAGAACCAGAGAGCCUAAACGAAGCUAUGAACCAAUGGAGAAACGGGCUUAUUACAAACUGGGAGUACCUCAUGAUUUUGAACGGCCUAGCCGGCCGUUCCUACAACGACCUGAUGCAGUACCCGGUAAUGCCCUUCGUGUUAGCGGAUUACACGUCGAAGAUUCUCGAUCUCUCCGAUCCAGCAUCAUUCCGCGAUCUCAGUAAACCUAUGGCUGUCCAAAAUAAGAACAGGGAACAACACUAUAUCAAUACGUAUAACGACCUUAAGGCAGCGCGACGAACCGGCUGCAGCCCGCUUCUGUCAAGACAACCCCACCACUACGCAUCUCUGUAUUCCAACUCUGGUGGUGUGCUUCACUAUCUUGUGCGAGUACCACCUUUUACGGAACAGUUCCUCAAUUAUCAAGACAACAACUUUGACAUGCCGGACCGGACAUUCCACUCGCUCGCUACCACUUGGAGGCUCAUCACAAAUGACUCUCCCACCGACGUCAAAGAACUUAUACCUGAGCUGUACUAUCUGCCAGAGCUAUUUUAUAAUAAUGAAGGUUUGGAACUAGGCGUACGCCAAUGCGGUCUUCGCGUUGACAGCGUAGAACUGCCGCGCUGGGCUGCAGACGCCCGCCUCUUCACACUCGCCCAUCGGCAAGCACUCGAAGCGCCACACGUCGCAGAAGGUCUACCGCACUGGAUAGACCUCGUGUUCGGGUACAAACAGACCGGUCAACACGCCGUAGAUGCUAUUAACGUUUUCCCGGCUUGUACUUACUACGGAUUCGACCCCCGGGCGUUGGAAGAUGAAGUGGACCGCACUGCAGCCGAGGCUAUGGUGCGCACGUACGGUCAAGCACCACGGCAGUUAUUACGAGCACCGCAUCCCCACAGAGCUCCAGAUCUAUCACCACAAACGCAGAAUACAUCGUCAAUAUACGCGGGUGUCCGAGGCGUACGUUGGGGUCGCUACUGCGGUUCACCGGGCAGUCCGCCCGCUCGACAAGUUUUGCGUCGUACGUACGCAUCUGCGCACGCGCUGCUUCCGUUACCACAGGCACGUGCUGCGGUCGUCUCGCUAGCGCGGACAGCUUUGAUGCCUGUGCAUGAUGAGCCCUUGGCUAAUGGGUCCGGAACUACAAGCAGUAAAAAUAGUGGCUCAAGUGGACCCAAUCUAGGACUGAAUGUGGGGUUAGUCUCGUGGGGCCACGGAGAUGGUGCUGUGAGACUGCGCCGGCGAAGAGAUUUACCACCAGAUGUAUUGUUUCACACUCCACCCAAUGAACAAAUAACUACAGUUUGCACAUGGCAAGAGGGCAGAUGGGGAUGCGCUUUUGGUUUGAGCGGUGGGGGAGUGGUAGUCGCGCGCGCGGAGUGUCGCGGUGGUGUGCUACGGGUGCGUACGCGUCAAUUGCACGCGCACGCAGCUCCUAUAGCUCAUAUUGAUGCUCAGUCCGCUGUUACUUUACUUGUAACUGCCAGCGAAGACGGUCUCAUCGUACUUUGGGAUCUUCACGAAUUAACAUACAUCCGAACGCUGCCGAAUCGCGAAAUGUUGCGCGUACGUCUCGUUGCUAUCAGCCCAACAUUGAGCGAUGUCGCCUCAGUACAUGAACCGGCGCGCACGCAUCCAAACUUAAAUGACGUGAACUCCCGCACUGAUGAACAUGCCGACACGGAGGGGCUGGACUAUGAACACGAUGACACCUACAAGUUUAAGUCGCUUAUACGAGUACACACAGUUAAUGGAAGAUUUGUUGGCAGCGUAAAAGUAGCGGAAACAGUGAGGUGUGUGAGAUAUUCCGGAUGCGCUGAAGGUACCAGCGUUAAUUGCAUCGCCGUUGGACUCGAAUCGGGUGCUAUCCGUCUCUAUUCGUCGUGGGAACUGCGUCCACUCGCCCACCUGCCAACUCCGCAACCGUCCCCCCAGCCUCCACCUCACACUGAUACUUUUGAUAGAGAUACACUUAGCAUAGCAUUCAGUCACGACAACGAACUGCUGUUUGCUAGUUACGCAGAUGGUGGUGUGGUCGCAUGGGAGAGCAUAGAACCGGCGGGAAAGCCUUCGCCCGUUCGCAUAUUACCCGCGCAUGCGCUACUUUAA